AUGUCCGCCCAUAUCGAGGAAGUUACAUCCGACCAUUCCGACCACGAGGGACACGACCACGGCCAUGAAGGCCAUGAUCACGAUCAUGAGGAAGACCCUACUUCCGCUGCUGCCCUCGAUAAAAUUCAGUCGCGCUCCGAGCGCAAGGCCAGGAAGGCUCUCCUGAGCUUGGGUUUGAAGAAAGUACCUGGCAUUACGCGUGUCACCCUCCGGAGACCAAAGAAUGUGCUCGUCGUGCUCGCUUCACCAGAUGUUUACAAAUCGCCAAACAGCGAUUGCUACAUUGUUUUUGGCGAGGCCAAGAUCGAGGACAUGAACUCGCAAGCACAGCUUUCAGCAGCCCAACAGUUGGCAACCGGUGGCAACGCCGGAGCGGCCGCCCUCGAGGAGUCUGGUGCCGGUGGAGACGACGAUGACGACGAUGAUAUUCCCGAUCUGGAGGCACCUGAAGAUGAUGGUCCCGUCGACGAGACCGGCGUUGAUCCCAAAGACAUCGACCUUGUCAUGCAACAGGUGAACUGCUCACGCGCAAAGGCUGUUCGAGUACUAAAAGAAAGUGGAGGUGAUUUGAUCAACGCUAUCAUGGCGGCGAGCGAGUGAUUUCUACCAUCCAUUAUCUGUACCCAUAUUUUUAAUAGCAUUGACCUCUGUCAGAGUCUCAAUUCGCGCAACCCUUUGAAGUUAAGACGCCUCC